AUGAAGUUCCUCACCAGCAAUUUCGUCCAGUGUGCUUCCAAGCAAUGUGUUUCUUCCGGAAACGCCUUUCCUCUGACCUUCUCUGCUCUGGAGAUGGUCCAGCAGGAGGCUGAGUUCGAUCCCGAAUUUCUCGUCAGCAUGCUUGAGAGAAUAGAUUGGGCUGCUCUUGUCAAGGUCGCAAACGAUCUCGGAAACGAAUCUUUACCAGAUGUCAAGCCCGAAAUCGACGAGCCGUUCGCUGAGGGAAACCAGGGUCUGCUCCAGGAGCUGCACUCCCUACUUAUCGAGACUUGCAUUGUGGAGGGCACCAUGAAAUGCGAGAACUGCGGCCACACCUACUUCAUCAAGAACUCCAUCCCCAACUUUCUGCUUCCUCCCCACCUUGCUGCUUAG